CCUUCGAUCUUUCACUUCUCCUCAAUUUUUCUACCGAAUUAUGAUUCUUGCAUCCUAAUUCCACACGGGUCUGGAUCGAUUUCGUUCUUUUAACUCCUGCAUCACUGUAAAGAUUGAAUCUUUAUUUACCUCCUAGCUUUGGUUCGAUUGUAUUUCUUGCUCUCUUAUAUAUUUUUUAUAUUGAAAUUGUUUCUUUGUUGGUGUGUUGAGUUUUAAUUUGUAGCUGCUUAGAACGUUCUGGGUUGUUUUGUUGUGUGUUUCUGAUUUCAAAGUUUGGAGCUUUAUUUGAAUAAUGGGAUAGUCAACUGUUAGGAAUGUAGGUCAAGGGUGGUGACAAGGUUUCUGGGUUGUUAUGUUGUCGGAAUUUUGGAUUGGGAUGCUAUGUGGGUGUGUUACUUGAUUGUUUUCUUAUAUGCAUGUAGAGGAUGGAAAGCAAAGAUUAGUGAUUUUGUGUAAAACCCUAUGGUUUGAGGUAGAAGAUGUCUUGGUGGUGUGUUAGUUUAUGGUUUAGGACUUAGUAGUGGCGGAGUUGGUUGCAAUGAGUAUCAAAAUUCGUGAUUAUGUGUGCCUAUUUGUAUCGGGUUUGUGGUCAAGUCUAGAUUGAUCUUGCAAAAGUUUGAAACUGUGGAAGUUGAUCUGAUUAAUUGAUUAUUUCUUAUACCAAUUUGGUUCCAUGUGUUUGUUUGUCGAGGUAAUAUCUAUUAAGGGUCCAGUUUUAGGAUUAAUAAAAGAACUUUUCACCAUGUGAUAGAAUACUGAAAGCUGAAAAAUAAGUUUAGUUUGAAAUAUGUGCAGGUGUGUAACUAUGUCGGGAAAUAUACAUGAAUUUCAAUUUGUUUUUAACAGUAAACAUUCUAGGAUAUAGGUUGUUAAAUAUUGUUUUUUUUAAUUUCCAUUGUGAAAAGAAAAAAGGGUUGAAUUCCAUGGAAUAGUUAGGGGCAUAUAUUCAAGAUUGAUAGCCCUUCAGGAAAGCAGUUUACCGUGAAAGUCUCUGGGUCUUGGCUGCAAUGUUCAUUUUUAGUUUCUUGCGAUUUCUGGAAUUCUGGUUGUGCUAUCUCAACAUCAAGAUGCCCAAAGUCAGACGAUCAUCUUCAUCGUCUCUUAAUCGAUCCAGGGCAUCUCCUUAUCCUUGCACAUCUGAGGAUGCUGAUCAUUACAAGUUGAAUAGUCCGUUGGAAAACACAGAGAAUUUAAAAGAAUGGGAAGAUACUAGGUGCCCCAUCUGCAUGGAACACCCGCAUAAUGCUGUUCUUAUAAAAUGUUCUUCCCAUGAGAAUGGCUGCAUGCCUUACAUGUGCAAUACAAGCUAUCGGCACUCAAAUUGUCUUGACCAGUUUUGUAAAUCUUCUGUUCCCGACUCCACAUCAAUGAUGUUGCAAGAACUUCCUCUGACGCACACCGCCUCUCACAGUUCUAGGGAAGAAGAAUUGCUGCCUGGGCAAACCAGCCCUUGUGGAAGUCAGUUGCAGCUACAUCCAGCCUGCCCUCUCUGUCGGGGAAAGAUCUAUGGAUAUAUUGUUGUAGAGGCCGCUCGUCACUUCAUGAAUUUCAAAGUGAGGAGCUGCUCCUCUGAGACUUGCGACUUUAGUGGAAAUUAUUCAGAAUUGAGGAAACAUGCAAGGACAGAACACCCUUAUGUCAGGCCAUCAGAGGUGGAUCCAGAUCGACGUCGUGAUUGGAUGAGAUUGGAGCGUCAAAGAGACUUGGAAGACGUGCUUAGCAUAGUUGAAGUAGGGACUGGAGAUGAUAUUUUCCCGGAUCCAUCAACUGAGAGUGGCUUGCUGGCUUCCUUUUUGAGGGCUAUGUAUCACUCGCUUGAGCUUAUGUUUUAUUCUCAAUGGUUUGACAGUUCAAGUGACAUAGAACAGACUCAUAGUAGAAGUCCAGGGAGAAUGACUAGGGUGCAGCAAAACAAUUACUCAGUCUCUGCGACAAGAAGGAACAACACUGCAUCAGAUAGCACAUCCCGUUCCAGAGGUCUACUUUGGCGAAGAGAUAAUAACGAUCUACAGAUGAGUCGUGCCCCAAGACCUAGCAACGAUUCUAUGUCAGGGGAGACUGGCCAUGCCCCCAGUAGACGGAGCAACAACACGUUGGCAGAGGAUAGCCGCAUUCGUAGACGGGCCAACUCGUUCUCUGAGGAGGGUACAAACCGUGUCUUUAGAAGGGGUAACAACACUGUAUCAGGCACUGCCCCUGCCUCCACGUGGGGCAACAACUCCGUGCCAGAGGAGGGUACCCGUGCCUCCAGAAGAGACAGCAAUUCCGUAUCAGAAGUGAGUAAUCGUAUGCACAGAUGGGGCAACAACUGGGAAGAGAUUAGAUGGGGCAACAGCUCCUUACCAGUUGAGGCUGACGAUCCCCGUAGAUGGGGUGAUACUUCUGUACCAGAAAGCACACCCAGACCUCGGGGACGGAGAUAUAGAUAUUAUGGAGGGCCAACAUACCAUAACAGAAGAUGACUCUACAGCUCAUUGUUUCUGAGGUCGAUUUUCUUGCGCAAAGGACAUCUCAUGUUUUUAUUUUAGAACUAGUCUGCGCUUUUCAAAUAAUCUCUGCUCAGGCUACUAAUCAGUUCCGUUGUCCAGAAAGUUAGAGAGAUUGUCAUUCAAUACAACAAAAGCAUGGAGUUAGAUUUGUGAUUUGUUGGGACAAUACUUACUGUCUUUCUCGGCGGUGAAUAAUACUGUAGCAUAGAAAGCUCCUUUUUCUUUGGCAACCGAUUGUUAAUAUCUUGUUCAAUACUUGUGAAGUUGUGAUCUCAGACGCUUUGAUUUUUU